GUGGUAUCCCCCCGGUCACGGUGACUUUUAUCAGUCUUUUAAGAACUCAGGGCUUUUGCAGGAAUUUAUUAAACAGGGCAAGGAAUAUGUAUUUAUCAGCAACAUUGACAACUUGGGUGCUACAGUAGAUCUAAGCAUCCUCAACUUUCUCUUGGGUGGAGAAGAAAGUGGCAAGUGUGAAUUCCUAAUGGAAGUUACAGACAAGACCAGAGCCGAUGUUAAGGGUGGUACAUUGAUCCAGUAUGAAGAAAAAUUAAGAUUACUUGAGAUUGCUCAGGUGCCUAAGGAACAUGUAGAUGAUUUCAAGUCUGUUAAGACUUUCAAGAUCUUCAACACUAACAACUUGUGGAUUAAGUUGACUGCCAUACCUAUAAGGGUUAUGCAAUGGAGGAUACUGAAGAAGGACGUUUUUAUCAACAACAAACAUUUGGAUAAUGGUCUUAACAUCAUCCAGUUGGAGCAGGCUGUUGGUGCUGCCGUUAAGUCUUUCAUUGGUGCAUUAGGUAUUAAUGUUCCCCGGUCAAGAUUCUUGCCUGUAAAGAAGACUGACGAUCUGCUGCUUGUGAUGAGCAACCUUUACAGACUACAACAAGGAACAUUAGUAAUGUCUCCUUUGCGCAUGUUUGAAACCACUCCUCUUGUUAAGUUGGGGCCCAAUCAUUUUGGCAGAGUCAAGGAGUUCCUCCGACGAUUUGCUUCUAUCCCGGACAUGCUGGAGUUAGAUCAUCUGACUGUUUCAGGUGAUGUUACAUUUGGAAAGGGCGUUAGUCUAAGGGGGACGGUUAUCAUUAUUGCUAACCAUGGUGACCGAAUUGAUAUUCCACCUGGUGCCAUCUUGGAAAACAAGAUUGUGUCUGGAAAUCUUCGCAUAUUGGAUCACUAGGUUGUGUAAUUAGAAUGUACAGUAUAUACCGUGUUAACUCGGAUCUUCAAGUUUAAUUAUUUUUUUAAGGAAAGUACUUAUUUUUAAAAUUAUCUUUAUUUUUCAAUACUUUAAAAUAUAUUUUGUAACAAUUAAGACACAAGAUUUAAUUAACAUCAGAGUAAUUCCUAGCACAUUUAAAUGAAAAUGAAGUAACAGUUAUCUUGAGUAACUGUUACCCAUUACAUGAUAAGUAGAGCUAAGAGCACAAACAUUUAGAGUAUUUGUGUGCUGUUUUAAGUACUUAAUUUUUUUUUGUAAGAAAUUAGUGUGUGUUCUGGCCUCACUUUUUUCUUGGUGCUGAUGCACAGGAUUGUACAUGUUAGAUUUAUAUAUUUUGUCAUUCAUAGUAAACACAUUAAGUUUUACUGAGGGUCCACAGAGAUGCUAUAUGCACUAUAAUAUUCACAGUUAUAUGGUUAUUGAAGUCAAGGGUGCAGUUGGCUACUUAUGCUUAGGCCAUAUUAUCUCUAGUCACCUGUAGUGGACAGGUUUGUAAAACAUGUGUAUCAUUAAACAGUACUGUGUUUGUGAUUUACUGAAGCGCAAUAUUUUAUUUUUACUAUUAAAGCUAUUAUUGGCUAUAUUAGAAAAGAACUUUCAGAUUAACCCCCAAAGGAUGGUAACACAAGAUAAUCCAAACAGUGUAGUUUAUUUCCAUUGAGAUCCUGUUGGAAUCCUUUUUAGUUUCUUUCCCAAGAUGCAGUCAAGAUCACUGUCUGUAUUCUGGGUAUGUAUUUACUACUAGGUAAGAGAGUAGGUAUUAGUAAGAAGUGUUUUAUAUGAAAUUCAGCUUGAAUCAUUUUACUAUAUUGAAGUUUAUGGCAUAGUUUACAUUCAUAAAUAGUAUAAUGAAAUAGACAAAUGAGCAGCAUUGAUAUAUAAAUUAGCACUGUAAUUAGAGAUAUUUGCAUAACAUUAGAUCAGACUGUGCAUGUUCUUCAUUUUAAUUUCAGUUCUAAGCUAGUCACCCUCAUUCGUUUAUUGGUCUACCUUCAUUUCAUUUAGUUUCAAGAGGAUAACUAAUUAUAUUUUUUUAGCAGCUACUAUGUGCCAAAAAUGUUAGUUUACCAGUACUGUCAACGAUAGGCCAUUUAUUAAGAACUGAAAAUUUCUCAAAGAUCAAAGCUCUUGUUUCAUAUCUGUACAUAAGAAC